CAGGCGGGCUGCUGGGGCGGGGAGGUGGGACCGGCGAGAGAGAGGGGUGACCGUGGGGCCCGGCCGGGCUGGGUUGGGGGGCCGCAGCCAUGAUCCGGGCCUUCUCGUUCCCGGUGAGCCCGGAGCGGGGUCGGUUGCGGGGUUGGUUGGAAGGCAGCCUGGCCGGGCUCUGCGAGUUGCAUUGGCUCCGGGAGAGGCAGGAGUACCGCGUGCAGCAGGCGCUGCGGCUGGCCCAGCCCGGAAUGGGGGGCGCCGAGGCGGAGGACGAGGAGGACGCCGACGAGGACGAAGAUGCGGCGGCGGCACGCCGGGCCGCAGCGGCCCUGGAGGAGCAGCUGGAGGCCCUGCCUGGGCUCAUCUGGGACCUGGGCCAGCAGCUGGGAGACCUGAGUCUGGAAUCUGCAGGCCUGGACCAGGAGAGUGGGCGAAGCUCGGGCUUCUAUGAAGACCCCAGUUCCACGGGAGGCCCAGAUUCACCACCCUCCACCUUCUGCGGCGACAGUGGCUUCUCCGGAUCUGGCUCCUAUGGACGCCUAGGUCCCUCAGACCCCCGGGGCAUCUAUGCCAGUGAGAGGCCCAAAUCCCUAGGCGACGCCAGUCCCAGCGCUCCGGAGUCGGUGGGCGCCCGGGCCGCGGUGCCUCGCUCGUUCUCCGCUCCCUACCCGACGGCGGCGGGGUCGGCGGGCGUUGAAGCCUGCUCCUCUGCGGAGCGUCGUGCGCGCGCUGGGCCUUUCCUGACGCCGAGCCCGCUGCACGCGGUCGCCCUGCGCAGCCCUCGGCCGCACGGUCGCGCUCCCUCCAACUCUCCCGACGCGGCGGCCGGACGGCCCCUGGACGGCUACAUCUCGGCGCUCCUGCCCGGCGCCUGCCGUCGGUGGCGCUCCACGGCCGAGAUCGACGCCGCGGACGGGCGCAGAGGCCGUCCCCGCGCGCCUGCGAGCCGCGGCCCAGGGCCUUCCCCCUCCGCCCCGCAGCGCAGGCUUCUGUACGGCUGCGCGGGCAGCGACUCCGAGUGUUCAGCCGGGCGCCCGGGGCCUCUGGGCCGCCGCGUGGCCCCCGGUGGCCUGGUGGGCGGCUACGGAGAGAGUGAAUCGAGCGCCAGCGAGGGCGAGUCUCCUGCCUUCAGCUCGGCCUCCAGCGACUCGGAUGGCAGUGGCGGCCUGGUGUGGCCGCAGCAGCUGGUGGCGGCCACCGCAGCCUCCUCCUCCCCCGGGGCUGGUGCAGGUGGAGGGACCCCCGCGGGUCCCGCCAAGGUUUUCGUGAAGAUCAAAGCCUCCCACGCGCUGAAGAAAAAGAUCCUGCGUUUCCGAUCGGGUUCGCUCAAGGUCAUGACAACUGUGUGAGUUUGGGGAGGGAUCGGCUUGGACUCCGCCUUCAUGGCCUCUGCGCCUCCACACUUCUGAUCAUCGACCCCUUCCACACCCACCUUCCAAAGACCACCAGUUUUCUCUGCUUCCAAAGACCAUCCUCACUCCCCACCCUAGCCACCCAUAAGCAGUCCUGGUUGGAAAGGCUCCUCCUCCCUUACCCCCCCCCUCACAGGGAGGCAUUCAUAUUGUCCCAGUUCAGGUGACUUUAAAGGCCUUGAACAAGAAAGUUCCCCUCUGUGGGUCUCACUUUCCUCAUCUGUACAAUGGGUGUCCAUGUAUGCAAAAGUUGUAAUUCCGUUUGAAAGCCCCCUCCCAUUUUAGUUUAGAAGCCUAGUCUGUACCCUCUUCACUUCUCUCACAGAGCCUUUUCAUUUUUCUUUUCGGUGCCCUUCUCAUUCACAAAGUGCCCCCUCCAUAUCCCUGGACCCUUAGGAUAUCCCCUUGGCAUCCCUGGGUCAGAGACUCUGGAUCUGACUCAGGUAGUACCUGCAGAGUGCCCUGGAAAAGGAAAGAGCACUGAUGUAGGGGUUUUGAGGGUCAAGUAGGAGUUGCCAACAUCUGGAAAGGACUCUUUCCUCCCCUUCCCUGGACACUUAUGGAGGACUGGGAGGUCAAAGAGCAGAAGAAAGAUGGUUUCAACCUCGUGCCUCUCCCCAUGGGGAGUGGGGGAGGCCAAAUGGCCCUCAGCUGUUCCAAUCCAGUGGGGUUUUUUUGUUUGUUGUUUUUUGGGUUUUUUUUUUAGUUACUAUAUUUAUUAUGACGAUGGUGACUCCCCCGUGCACAGGGGAGCCAGAUUCUGUGUUUCUCUAAUCUCUUUGUAAAUAAAUGCACAAUGUUACAUA